AUGGGCGCGGUGGCCUCGGGCUCUUCUCCGGCGGCUGCACAGGCAUCUCAGGAGCUGCAGGAUGGAGAGCAGUCUUUAAAUUCCUGGUUCCAUUUUUUAUCAACUCAAGAGAAUAAAACUAAGGCGCCUACCCUUCAGCAACAGUGGUCUCUGGUCAGAGGGCAGGGAGAGCACCGGGCCGGCUACCGUCCUGUCACCACGAAGCUGCCGAUGGCCCGGGCCUCCGACUGGGGCCAGAACGCUGGACUGGGCGAGGGCCUGGCUGCACCGCCCGCCCGCCUCACAGGGACAUGGAGGCAGGACACUCAGUUGUGUUUUUAA